UCUGCUUGGUGGCCUACCUUGGUUUGUUUAUGCUUUGUGUCUCAUAUCAAGUUGAUGAACAGACAUGUAUCCAGUUUGCUAUGAAAAUGAUCCGAGGAACAGCAGAGGCAAAAGAUCAGCUUCACAGAGGCCCCCAAAGCCAUCUCAACAUCUGCAGCUAUUGUACUUUUUGCUGAGCUCCCUGGGCUUGAUGGUCUGUGUGCUGGCUGCGGCGUUCGCGGCCCACCACUAUUUGCUGCUCAGCCGGGUCACCUGUGAAACCGCGCUGGCCUCCUGCCGCUGCAGACUGCCCUCCUCCGAGCCGCUCAGCAGGACCUUUGCGUACCAGGAUGUGACCGACUGUACCAGCAUCACUUUCACUUUCAAAGUGUUCUUACUCACCCAGAUGAUUCUUAACUUGGUCUGUGGCCUUGUGUGCUUGUUGGCCUGCUUUGUGAUGUGGAAACACAGGUACCAGGUCUUUUAUGUGGGUGACAGGAUGUACUCCUUGACCACUUCCGAAGGCCAGCAGCAAAAGGUCUAACACUCUUGUUCAAAGGUGGGAGAGAAAACAGCACACUGGGUAGCUGAGGUGGAAGGAAGGAAGGAAGGAAGGAAGGAAGGAAGGAA